AUGGCUAACAACCGACUAGAGUCAUCCCCAUACGCCGGCCCUCAAACGAUUCUACGAUUCGAAGAUGGACUAGAAUUCACCAUUCCUACUACAUUGUACAAGAAGUUUUUCUCAUACGAAAUUUCCGAUUUAGAAGAGUAUCUGAUAAGUUUCCCUGGCGAUUGUGGACAUGUUAUCGUCCACUUUCUUUACGCGGGCACAUACCAGUAUCUCAAUCUAAAAGGCAUAUGCACAUGUGAGAAGGACAAGGACAUUGAUGAAUUCAUAACAUGUGCCCAAGUAUACAAGAUUGCGGGAGACUGCCUCCUAUUCCCCCUGAAGAAUCUCGUCAAAGAUGAAAUGGAACGCCUCGGGGGCCGCAUACAAGUAAUGCAACUCCUUGACGCGGUGAAGGAUAUGUACCCGACUCUUCCCGAUACUGAUACAUGGCUUCGCAACUUUCUCAAGUCUCUAGUCGAACGCCUCGUCGAUAAUCCUUCAAUUCCUAUCGAAUUCAGUGAUUCGCAGAGCCUUGGUUACCGUACUUCAAUUGCCAGUCUCCUUGUUGGAACCACAAUUGAGCUAUGUCGCGAAAAAGUCCACGCGUCCCAACGACGCCCCGCUGUCGUGGUUACAAUUCAGGGUCAUCUUCACGAAGUUCAAAACCGAGGAGUUGAGCAUUUAGAACCUAAGCUAGUUCUCGACCAGGAUCCGCAGAAGAAUCAGGAUGCGAAGGAGAAAGGAAAGGAAGAGAGCGGGUCACAGGGCCCAAAGAACGGGGGAAACAUUCUGUCCUCGUAUCCUGUGGCCGGAACGAGCUCAGGCAAUGUCAAGGAACCCAAAGUAUCGACUAAUCCCAACAACGAAGAAAGGGUUGAGGUCCCCCUAACCACAGGGGCAGCAACCUACUAUGACAUGCCCGAGGCUCACACGGUUUACUCUUUCGAAAGACUCCUAAAUAUAUGCGCAGAGGAGCGCUUCAGAAAGUUCUCUCCCGAGGAACUGCGAUGGAAACAGCUGGUUUGGGAGAAAGAUCACCCCGAAGGUGUCUAG